CAAUGACUUUACCUCAAACCAAACUAAACCCAAUGGAUUGAUUUGGCUGCUAUUUUGGGAGACGAAACCAAAUUAAACCAGAUCAUAACCAAUCCCCUCAAUUCAAUACAAAUCGCAACUCUGAAGAUAAUAAUUUUACAAUAUAGCAACAAGUAAAUAAUCAAAUCAAAUUCUGACCACCAAAAACCAAAAACCCCAAAAACUGGGGAACGUCAUUUCCAGGCGCUCCCGCAGCCACCGGAGACCGACGGCAAUGGCGGCCACCGCGUCUUCAGCCGCAGCCAAACCCCUCCCUUCCUUGGACUUCUCGGCCGAUUCUCCGCCACUCAGACUGGUCCUCACUCCCGAUCAGUACAAGUACUGCUCUCAGGCUCUCAAGUUCUUCAAAGACAAGCUCCAGACUUCUGACCAUAUCCACCAGGAGUUCGAUCAGCUACAGGCGAAGAGGAUAACAUCAUCUGAUAUGAAGAGAAGUUGCACUGUGGCUCUUGAUAGUGUCAAUUUGAGCAAAAACCGAUACACCGAUGUCUUACCAUUUGACACAAAUAGGGUUGUUCUCAACUCCUGUAAGGAUUACAGACCUUCAGCAAGGGGCUACAUCAAUGCCAGCUUUAUCUCGACUAGUUCCUCUGAAAGCAUUUCCCGGUUUGUAGCAACACAAGGUCCACUUCCGCACACCUACGAGGACUUCUGGGAGAUGGUACUUGAGCAGCGUUGCCCUGUGGUCAUCAUGCUUACUCGCCUGGUCGACAAUUACAGGAUGGUUAAGUGUGGAGAUUAUUUUCAGGCUGAAGAUGGCCCUAGAGAAUUCGGUAAUAUAUGUCUAGCCACUAAGUGGCUAAGAACUACUGAAACUUCGUUAGAAUUGCGCCUUCUAGAGGCGAACUAUAAAGAGUCAGAGGAACCACCCAUGUCUGUAUUGCAUAUUCAGUAUCCUGAAUGGCCUGACCAUGGAGUUCCCGAGGACAGUAUUGCUGUCCGUGAAAUCUUGAAAAGACUAUAUCAAGUACCACCAAAUCUUGGCCCCAUUGUGGUGCACUGCAGUGCAGGUAUUGGGAGAACUGGAACAUACUGCACAAUUCAUAAUACAGUCCAAAGAAUUCUAGCUGGGGACAUGUCUGCGUUAGAUGUCGUUGAUACAGUAACCACAUUUAGGUCUCAGCGAAUUGGAAUGGUCCAAACACUGAAUGGUGGGAGGAAUUGGGAACGAGUGUGGCGAAAUACUAAAAUAGCCACGCAUGUGCGCGUAAAUGGAGGGAUGUUCGCAAUUGGACUGGAUUUGUGGACGGAAUGAAACACAGUGACGAAAUGGGGAGAAAUAGAAACAUGGUGAACCAAAAUUGAAUUCGGGGCAAAACACAGUGACCUAAAGCGCAUUUUACCCCUUUUUAGAUGGACUUCACUGAAUUCUUCAUCAUUUUUUAUUUCAAGAAUCCCAUUAUUGGUCGAAUCUGGGCCAAUUCAUUGGCAAAUGAUAAAUCUACCAGUUACUCAGAAAUUCUUCAACGUUUUUUAUUUCUCUUGUAGACAAUUUAGUUUCCUUACACUAAUUUUUCCCCAAGUACGCUUUUUGUGUACAUGGGUUGUGCCUCCUUGGUGCUUUUGAAUACAUCUCAUUACUUUAGGGCAUUUUCUUGUUGAUGCCAUAAGCUUUGCUGUUAGUGAGUUUGUUCUGUGAUUACUUAUGAGGGUUAGUACCUGAGCUGAAGUUACUGACCCAAAUUUUUUGAGGGUAUCAUUGUGCUUAAAAACUCUGUUGGUUAAAAUCUAUAAAUGAUUAAGACAAACCAGAAUUUAACAAGAGUUUCGUAGAAGUCAAUCUAGGAAAAAAAGAAUCAGAGUGUUAGAGAAUGGCACUUCAAUUCUGCUGAAUUUUGGAGGUUUUGGUUGGAUUUUGAAUCUUAUCUAAACUGCUUAAUCCUAAUAUUUUGAUAGAAAAUGUCACAAAUAUUUCAGAGUACUGGUUUGUUUUGUUGUAAAUAUUUCAGAAUACUGUUGUCUGUCUCGUUUUGUGCCAACAUUUUCUUACAAGAAUUGUUCCAACUCUCUCCAAUUUGUGG